AUGGUGGACGGGCGGCCUCGAAUCACGGUCACGUCAGCGAGGACAGCGACGGCGUCGUUGGCUGAGCGCAGGGGCGAGGGCGUCGACCGACGGGCGGCGCAUCAGGAGCCCCUCGCUGGCGAGCGGCUGGCGCGGGAGGUCACGGAACGACGGGUCGAACGACGGGUCGAGCCCCCCCCUCCACCGGUCGAGGCCGCGGUCGAGACGGUGAGCGCGGCCGAGGUCCUCGCGAACGUCGCGGAGUACGGCCCGAACUACGUCCUGCCGCAGGCCGCGGAGUCUAAGACGGCGCGGCGGAAACGGCUGCGCGUGGACGCGGCGGCGAGGAUCGCCGGGCACGCUGUCGUCGAGACUGGCACGCACGUGGAGAUCCUGGGCGAGCAGAGGAUUUCCGGCUCAACUUAG